CAAGGGAGCCGCCUUGCCCCUCCCCCCCCCCGCGGCGCACUCCCCCGCGGCGCGAGGGCCUUGCGGCCGGCGGUGCGCCCCCCGGCCUGGCCCGCGGCGCGGGAUGUCCAGGCGCAAGGACUGCCCGCGGGCCUGGAGGCCUGCCACAGGGUCGCCCUGGACAGGCUUAACAACAACUUCUGACUCUGGCCCCGCCCGCCGGCCGGCCAGACGAACCGCAUGCGGGCACUGGCGCUCCUCCUCCUCCCCCUGGUAUCCUCCUUUUCCUCCUCCUCCUCCGCCUCCUCCUCCUCGUCUUAAAUGCACAUGACGUGCCCUGAAAUCCUCGCGUCACUCGUUUUAAACACUGGGCGGUUCGCCCGAUUUCGGCACCCAGGGUCCUCACGGAUCGAUCCGGCUCGGCUCGGGAAAUGCGACAGAAAGGGUGGAUCCAGGCCAGGGUCGUGAUUUUCCAUGCUGCUGCAUUUGUGCCGCGACAUCGGAUUUCAGGGCACACGGCGUCGCGGGCCCAGGCGACAGCUGGAUCGCUCGGCCCUUUCCUGGCCGCGCGUCUUGCCAGCGCUCGGCCCUUUCGCGGCCAUGUGCGCGGGACUUCCGCAUGCAUGUCCAGCGCGUGGCCUCCGGAGGUUCCUUGUGCAACUCAAGAGAUGCGCGCUUCCAGAGACCAGGGCGGUGGGACCAGGACGACGUGGUCAAAGUAUGGGACUCCAGCUCCUGGGACAUCACCGAUCAGGUGGAGCCGUGGGACACGUGGGACCGGGUGAUCGGCGUGAAGGGUUUCCCUGGGGGCCUCAUCGCCUUCCUGCAGACCAGCACCGACGCCGAGGGCUGCGGCUUCGCCGCGCCCACGUCGGUGCAGGCGUACGCAUGGCCGGUGCUGCAGGCUGGCAAGGAUCUGGUAGGCGUGGCGAAGACAGGUUCUGGCAAGACGCUGGCGUUUCUGCUGCUGGGCUUCAUCAAGCUGAGGAGGCUCAAGAAGAAGGGCGAGGUGGACACCGCAAAGGGGCCCGCCCUGCUGUGCGUGACGCCGACCCGCGAGCUCUGUUACCAGAUCUUCAGCGACACGGAGAAGUUUGGCAAACCGGUCGGCAUAUCUGCUGCUUGCGCCUAUGGCGGCGCCCCCAAAAAGGACCAGGAGUGGGCCAUAAAGCAGGGCCCAGACUGCUUGAUCGCAACUCCAGGGCGCCUGAACGACUUCAUCAACAACUGGGUGGUUAACCUGGACCAGGUCAGAUAUGCGGUGCUGGACGAGGCUGACCGCAUGCUAGAUAUGGGCUUCGAGCCUCAGAUCAAGGACAUUCUCAGUAAGGUGCCCCAGGACCGACAAACGUCCAUGUUCACCGCGACGUGGCCCCGGGAAUGUAGACAAAUAGCUGAUUCCUACAUAAAGAAUCCAACACACAUCCAGAUAGGUUCCGAUGAUAUCACCACUAACACGAAUAUCACUCAGCACAUCGUGUCUUGCGGAUCGGACGGCGACAAGAAGGCCGCUUUGAUGAAGAUCCUGAAGGACAUGGGCUGGAAUGGAGCCUGUUUGGUGUUCUGCAACACGAAGAGGAUGUGCCGGGAUCUUGCUUGGGAGAUUGACCAGGACAAGUCUUUGGGCAUCAAAUCUGCCGAGCUGCACGGAGACUUGGACCAGAGGGGGCGAGACGACGCAAUGUCGAGGUUCAAGAACUGCGAGGUCAAGGCGUUGAUCGCAACUGACCUUGCUGCCCGAGGACUCGACCUCAGAAGCAUUACCGUGGUCGUCAAUUACGACGCCCCGAGGGGCGCGGAGGACUACGUGCACCGCAUCGGUCGCACGGGGCGGGCGAACGACAAGGGCGACGCGUACACGCUCCUGAUGUCCACGGGUAAUUCCAAGGAGGCCGCCAACAUCAGGGGCAUCAUGGAGAAGGCGGGGCAGGCGAUCCCCACCCCGCAGGACCUCAGGGACGCGGAGAACGAGAAAGGCGGCAGCUCUGGCUGGGGCAAGGAGGACAGCUGGGAUACGAAGAGCGCCAGUUGGGACAAUAAAGAGGACAAGUGGUGGGAGAGGAAGGGCGACGACAAGAAGGACGACGCCGAUUGGUGGAAGAAGGACGACAAAAAGGAGGAGGGCAACUGGUGGGAGAAGAAGGACGAGAAAAAAGACGACGGCGAGUGGUGGAAGAAGGACGAGAGGGCGGAGGGCAGAGACGACGGCGGGGACGCGGUCACCCCGGGGAGCCUCAUCGACAGCCUCUUGGGCGGCAAGCGCCCCGCCGACGACGAGGCCGAGGACGCCCCCCCAGAGAAGACCGCGAGGACGUAGGCGGUCUGGCCGCGCGCCAGCCCCGCGACCUGCAGAGGAACGGGGCGCCGUGCCGGAGGGCCCGAGGCCGAGGGGGAGCUCCUCGCCUCGCGCGCUCCCCCCUCGGCGCCUCUCCUCGGCGGCCCAGGGACGCGGGCCCGAGAGCGGGGGCCCCCGGUGGGCGAGCGGUCUCAGACCGUGCAGAAGCUCUGCCCGAGAGCCCGUCCCGUCCUCGGGGCCCCAGCCCGCAGUGCCCCGCCUUGGAGCAGCCGAGCUCCUGGCCGGCCUCGCUCAGAGGGGGCCGCUCGCAGCGGGGCAGCUCCCGGGGCCCAGCAGUCUUCCCGAGCCGAGCGGCAAAGAGUCUUCCCGGCCCGAGCGGCGCGCGCGCGCCUGUUCGCGGCCGCCGCCGUUGACCUCCUCGCCCCCGGGCCCCGGCUGGCGUGGGGCCGCGUCACGGGUGCGGCGGUGCAGCCGUAGGCGGCCACAUGUGUGUGUGUAGAUCUGAGGCAGGGUGGAGUUCGCUUCCAGGUGGUGCCGUGCAGGAACUGGGCCUGGGCAGGCGCGCGGCUCAUGGGGGCAGGCUGCCGAGGCGAGGCCAGGAGAGCCAUGCUGGGGCCGCGAACGCUGCAGUCGCAUGGAGUUGGCGCCAAUCGCGCGGCCAGUUCAGCCGCGCUUCCGCCCUGGGUCCCCCCACCGGUUGGUGUGUCGUCCUGGAGUCCUGGCUCCUACGGCGUGGGCGUUCGUCAAGGAAAAUGCCCAGGAG